GGACCACAUCAUCUGACACAAAAUGUUUAAUGAAUGGGUAUAGACUUUUGAUGGAUGGAUGUUAAUCCAUCUGUACUGAUGAGUUCGUGACUGUUUAGGCAUUAAAAAAUUCCUUUAAGGAGGGAGGCCGACUAUGGAAUCUAGUUGCACAUUAUGGGCAUCUUCGAAGUUCGUUCCUCUGAAUAUUUCAAAUACAAUGAAUAAUUUUAUUUGGCAAUGGGGAGGAUGAGACUAAUUCAAAAUAGAAGUUUCUGGUCAAUGUAGCGCUGCCUCGUUUGGCUGAUUAAAAUUUCCCUCCUAGUUGUCGCUGCUCAAAGACCAGUGGACCAGGCUAUCCUUUUAUCUAGUAUCAUCUAGGGUUUAAUAGGAACCUUCAGAGAUGGCUUCCUCUUCCGAGGACCAGAGAACAUUAUGCUCAUCAAUAAAGCCGUACCAUGUUUUUCUCAGUCAUCGUGGACCCGACACCAAAAAAACCCUCGCGAGCUUCAUCUACCAUUCUCUAUCUGAGAGUGGAAUGAAUGUGUUCUUCGAUAAACGGGAAUUUGUUCCCGGACAGGAGCUACCCUCUACAAUAGAUUCAGCAAUCUCCUUUUCUUCUGUUCAGAUAGCAAUUUUGUCCCCCAGAUAUGCUGAGUCCCAUUGGUGCUUGGAGGAACUCAAUUUAAUGCAAAAGACUGUUAAAUCGGGAGAUGCUCAGAUUAUUCCUGUAUUUUGUGAUGUUCUCCCUCGAGAUGUUGAUGAGCCCCAAAAUAACGAAGGAAUAUAUGCAGAAUCAUUCGGGGAGCUUGAGCAAAAGAUGAACGGUAGGGAAAAGAGAUUUAAACCGACCAAAAUUGAAGAAUGGAAGAAGGCAGUGUACGAAGUGAGCACUAGUCCUCGGCCUUUGGUUUUAUAUGAGUUCGAUGAGGACUUGGGAAAGCUUGCGGUUGCCGUAUGCGAGCAUGUUAUGUAUCAUCUUGGGAGAAAGAGAUUUGAUGGCUCGGUUAGGCAAGAAAAGCCUUCCUUUCUCAAGCCAUAUAACGUUUUCAUCAGUCAUCAUGGUCCCGACACCAAAAACACCCUCGCGAGCUUCAUCUAUCAUUCUUUCUCUGAGAGAGGAGUGAAUGUGUUUAUCAACACAGAGGAAUUUGUUGGCGGAAAGGACAUGCCCUCUUCAAUAUCCGAGGCAAUCUCCACUUCUUCGGUCCGGAUAGCCAUUUUGUCCCCCAAAUAUGCCGAGUCCCAUUGGUGCUUGGAGGAACUCCAUUUGAUGCAGAAUACUAGUGCAACGUUUAUUCCUGUGUUUUACGAAGUUCCUCCCGGAAAUCUUCUGCAGCUCCGCAAUAACAAAGGAAUAUAUGAAAAAGCAUUCAGAGAACUUGAGAGAGAGUUGGGCAGUGACAGAAUAGUAAAAUGGAAGGAGGCACUGUUCAAAGUGAGCAAUAUUUCCGGGUUUUUCGUUUCAGAAAAGUUCGACAGGGACAUGGGAGAGCUUGCGGCUGCUGUAUGCUCUGAGGUUAUGAAACAUCUCAGGAGGGUAUGGAAAAGGACCACAGAUGGCUUUCUCGGGCUAGAGAAGGCCAUAGAUGACUUCAAAAACUUUCUGGACGUUAAUAGAGAGCAAAGUGAGAAGGUUAAGAUUGUGGGAAUUGUUGGAACUCCGGGCUGCGGAAAGACAACAUUGGCGGAAGAGUUCUAUUAUCGCCAUCGAAUUUCCUUCGACAGAUCAAGCUUACUAAUCGGAGUAAGAGAAUCUUCAAAGAAAAAUGGAUUGCCAACAUUGCAGAGUCAGCUUUUGAAGGAGCUAACAAAUGACUGUUUAGCAAUCAGCAAUGUAAGCGAAGGCAAAGAAAUCAUUGCAGAUCGGGUAAGACGCCUGUGUUGCACAAAAUCGUGGAAAUUUCUCAUUGUUAUUGAUGACGUUGAUCAUCAUCAACAACUGCAAGCUCUUCUUAGGGCGGAGGACGUUUUGGGAUCAGAUAGUUUGGUAGUAGUCACAGCCCGUAAUAAGGCGGUUCUUAAACUCUCAGGAAUCUCCUUAUUUUACGAAAUCGACCCAAUGUCCUCGAAAGAUGCUGAAAAGUUGCUGCGUAGAACCGCCUUUCAUCAAUCCGAAUCGACUAAUGGAUUCGACGAUUUGAUCCAGACUGCUCUGAGGAAGUGUGGCUGCUUUCCAGAAUUUCUAAGGAGUUUAGGCGGAAAUCUCCAUUUGUAUGGCAUUAAUGAAAAACAAAAGUGGGAGGUUGAGCUGCAAAUGAUGAUGCCUGAAAUAUUCAGAGUUAUCUGCGGUGAUCUAGAAGAAGAGGAGAGACAGAUAUUUCUGGAUAUUGCUUGCUUUUUCGAAAAAAUGGACAAGAACUCAGCGAUACGUGUGUGGGAUGGAUUCGGAUGGAGAGGCGCGCGAGUUCUUCAAAAGCUGGAGUAUAUGUGCCUUGUUCAAUGUGACGAAACUACUAAUUGCCUCUCAAUUCCGGACUAUCUUCGUGGUUUGGGACAAGAGAUAGCAGAUCGGCAGCUUCACAACGCACCAGAUCUCCCUUUUCGUCUAUGGUGUCCAAAUGCAGCUGGAAACUUUCCCAAAGAACCACUGCUGCAGGCAGGCGCAAAAAUAAGGGGAACCAGACAGGCGAGCCACAAGAAACAGUCUAAAAUAGAGCUUCUUGAUGUAAGUGGCGAUAUUCCUCGCGCUGCUUUUGGAAAUCGUUUAAAAAAAUUGCUAUGGCUUCGUUGGGAGAAUUGUCCUGAAACAGCCAGUUUUCCGCCAGACAUGAACACCUUACGGGUCUUGGAAUUGAUCAAAGGAAAUCUCCGAACACUGGAUCUUUGUUUGAAGCAGUCAGUAGAGAUGAGAGAGAUAAGAGUAAUAGAAUGCACCAGACUAGAACAAAUUCCACCAACAAUAGGAUUGCUGAAUCAUUUGGAGAAGGUGACUUUGGAUGGCACUACUAGUCUGGCAUCUCUGCCACCAGAAUUCUGCAAACUGCAAGCUUUGAAACACCUGGUGCUUCGGCAAUGUGAAUGCCUGAUAUCCUUGCCAGACGACUUUGGGAAAUUGAUAAAUUUGCAAUACAUAGACUUUUCUUAUUGUCGACUGCUAUCUUCACUGCCUCAAUCUUUCCGUGAAUUGACAGAACUGAAAACUCUUGACCUGAGAAAUUGUGGAAACCUGGUAAUCCAGGCAGAUGUAUUUGACAAAAUUAGAUGCAUUGAGGAGUUGACAAUGGAAAACUGCAAGGAAUUAAAGAUGUUGCCAACAGAAACCACAUCGCAAGCUUCAUUGAGGAAGCUUAAUUUGUUUGGUACCAGCUUAGAAGAACUGCCGGGUGAUCUCGAUAAGCUGACAAACGUGCAGCAAUUGCUAAUAGGGAGUCCCUUUUUGCAGAGUUUACCCCAUUCUCUUAAGAAUCUGCCCUCGUUGAUGGAGCUUGAUCUCCUAAAUUGCACACUGCUAACCUCCUAUUCCAAGUCCUAUGGGCGGCUACGUCUUUUGGAUUCUCCUCAACCCCAAUUACAGCCAGAGGAGGCCAAUAUUGUCCGAACUCUAUAUAUGUACCGUCGUUCCUGAAUUCGGCGUGUAAGUUCGCUUCUUAGUAUGCACCAAGGGAAGCACCCUUGUGUUAUCGAUAUCCAUGUACGCUGGAUAUCACAUCUCAUUCAUGUAAUUUUACCCAGAAGUUGCAAUUGUUUGUUAGAAUUAAUCACAACCCUCCUCUUUUAUUCUUCUGUAGCUCA